GAAGGUAUUUUGGUGAGCAGCAGGACAAGCCGUUUCACGAAGAUCCUAACAAGAACGCUGAGUUGAAGCCAAAGAGAGGUGAAAAAAUGAAGGUGUCCUUGCGCGAAGGAGCAAAUCGUCUGCCCCUUGACGAACAUAAGGAUAACGACUUGAAAAAGGCUCUUCAAUUCUAUCUUUAUGACUGUCAGUGCGGUAAUUGCACACGAUGCCAGAGAAAUCAAGAGAAUCCUGUUAGCCAAACUCAAGGAAGACAACAUAUUACAAAUCAUGGAAGCCAAGCUUCUCAUUGGUCUGACAAUAGAGGAAUGCCGAGCCAAGGCACGACUGCAUCACAUGUUCCUUAUGUAGACGAAAAGGACAAUGACGAAUUAAUGGAAUGUCCUGACUCAGGUCGUGAAUCAUUGCAGUUACAAGAGUCUCUUCAUCGCUCUGUUCAAG